AUGAAGGAUGAAGAAACGACCGUUAACCCUCCAUCAAAUUUUCAAAAUAACCUAAUUCAACAAGGCACGGUAAGCAUGUUUCAUGUCAAUUUACAGUGUAUAUCAAAUAAAGUCGAUAUGAUCAAUGCUUUUCUUGCGGAUAAAAAGUUCUAUGACGUCAUAUGUUUUUCAGAGCACUGGCAAACUGAAGAAAAUCUAAAAUUAAUUAACAUCUCCGGCUUUUCACUAGCUAACUUUUUCUGUAGGGUUGAAAAGAAGCAAGGUGGCGUUGCAAUUUAUGUAAAAGAAAAUCUUAUGUAUUCUUCUCUUAAUCUAAAUGAAUAUAACGUAGAGCAAACUUCAGAGUUUUGUGCAAUUUAUAUACCUUCAAUGAGAACCAAUGUUUUAACUGUAUACAGAUCAGGUAAUGGUGACUGUGACUUGUUCUUGGUGAAUUUUGAGAAUGUUAUAGCAUUCUUACUUAACAAAGCAGACAAACUGAUUAUACUUGGGGAUUUUAAUAUAAAUUUUAAAAUUAAAUCUGAAUCUUCUUAUGAUAUUCAAAAUCUGUUAAUGUCUUUUGGUCUAGAAAUAACGAUAAACGAUUAUACUAGAAUCACAUCUCAAUCCAGUAGUUGCAUCGAUAACAUUAUGACUAACUUUUCUGAAAAUAUCUACAGGGUGGGCGUAUUUGAACCUUGUUUCUCUGACCAUCGAGCACAAUUUAUAUCUAUUGAUUCUGAUCUUAAAGUUGUUGACACUAAUCAAUCACUUCAACGGUCUAUUACUUCUUCUGGUUUGCAGAAGCUUAAAUAUGCACUAGCUAGUACAAAGAUGGACUUUUUCUAUGACACCAAUAACGAUCCCGAUGUCUUGAUGUUCUUUUUAACUGAAACUUAUAACAACUUAAUAUUAAAGUUUUUUCUAUUAAAAAAAGUACGACAAACUGCUAAAAUAACACCCGUGCAAUGGUUUAAUGACGAAUUAAGGUCUUACAGAUCUAAUCUUUCUCUCAUUAAACACAUUGCAGAUGUCACUAAGGAUCCCGAUAUUUUCAAACUAUAUAAACAACAAAAAUAUGAAUAUAAUCGGCAGUUACAAAAUGCUAAAAAGUCGGCUUACUCUGGUUUUAUUACUAACUCCAAUAAUAAACCUAGAGACUGCUGGAAAAUAUUAAACUUCGAAAGAGGCAAUACAAGAUCCAGUUCGGUACAACCAGAUCUAUCUCCAGACGAAAUAAAUCAAUUUUUUAUUACAAUCGCAGAGAAUAUAAUUACAUCCCUUCCCACUAUUAAUAACGAUAUCCUCUUCAGUUACAGAAACUAUCCUUCCCCGAGUAAGUCCUUUUGUUUCCGACCCGUUGUGGAAGAUGAGAUCUCUCAAAUAAUUAAAUCUCUUAAUAAUUCCAAUUGUAAGGACGUUCACGAAAUAAAUAGCAAAAUUUUAAAAGAAACUUACCAAAUAGUUUUAACACCUUUCACUCAUCUUAUUAACUUAAUUUUAUCAACUGGAGUAUUUCCAGAAGCACUAAAGUACUCAAAGGUUCACUGUCCAGGUUUUAGAGUGGAAAUUGCUCAUAAGUCCAGUUAUGUUUUGGUAAAAAUUGAUAUCUUCUGA